AUGGCCGCUGCUUUGCUGCUUUCCAGCUUGGGCCUGCUUCCCACUUGGUGUGCUGCAUACGACAUUGUGUGUGACUGGAUUGUACCUGCAGCAGCCGUGAUGUACAUGUUGGAUGCUGAUCUGUCAAGGCUUGCCAGUACUGGUGGCGCUACACUGCUGGCCUUCAUCCUUGGGGCAGCUGGAACUGUGAUCGGCACAUUGCUUGCUUGGCAGUGUGUUGGACCCAAGCUUGGCAGUGAAGGAUGGAAGGUGGCAUCUGCACUUUGUGCAACGUACAUUGGUGGCGCGAUAAAUUUCGCUGCUACUGCAAAGGCUCUCCAUCUUUCCACAGGUGCAUUGCUUCUAUCUGCGAUUGCGGCCGACAAUGUUGCCAUGGGUGUCUAUCUCGCCAUAAUCUCUGCCAUCCCUGCCGAUGACGUCACAGUGUCCCCCAUGCUCCACUCGCAGCCUCCAUCAGCUCCAGAAAAAGGGGAAGCCACUCCCCGCUCUCUGGCAGCCACAUUGGCCAUGGCCGCCACAUGCUGUGCCCUGGGCUCGCGUCUUGCUGAGCUAAUGGGAUUCCCUGCUGUAGCACUGGCAGCAGCAACUGCAAUUGCAUCUGUUGUACGGCCUGCUGCAAAGGCCAUGUUUCCAGGGAGGCGGACAUCCGAGGUUUUUGCUGGUGCUCCAGCGCUUGGCAACGUACUCAUGCUCCUCUUCUUUGCCACCGUUGGUGCUUCGUGUGGCUGCAUUGGAUCUGCCCUCACCACUACCCCAUGGCUGUGCACCUUCAUCCUCCUGCAGCUCCUUGUCCACACCGCCAUCAUCAUCGGUGGUGGCAGAGCCAUGGGUUUGCCGAUGCAGGCGAUCCUGGUGGCCUCCAAUGCCAAUGUCGGGGGACCAGGCACUGCUGCGGGCACAGCGGCUGCACGCGGUUGGCCACAGAUGGUACAGCCUGGUGUGCUCACAGGCAGCCUGGGCUAUGCGAUUGCCACGUUCAUUGCUUGUGGGAUCUCAGUCCUGCUCCAGUAG